GGAGGAAGAAGGCAUAAAACAAAUGCAAGAGCUUACUUCCUUCAAUAUUCACUUGAAGCCAUUUUUUAGCUCAUUCCCGAUAACGGACCCAUCCAUCAUUUCUGCACACAACAUGUGAAAGUGAAACUGAGAUUAACAAACCAAACUCAAAAUUAUCCUUGGCUUGAGGCUUGAGUCUUGAGUUAACGUGUUUUACUUCUACAAAAACAAAAUCGAUUUUACAAUUACCAAUAUACAUGCCAGGCCAGUGCUUCUGCCCCUGUUUCGACUAUGAACAUGACAACCGCACUUCCUCUCAAACGGAGGUGGAGGUGGAGGUGGAGCCGGUGCUGCUGGUGUCGGGCAUCGGAGGCUCCAUUCUGCACUCCAAGAGGAGGAAGUUGGGCUUCGACACACGGGUCUGGGUCCGGAUCUUAUUGGCUGACUUGGAGUUCAAGAAGAAGCUCUGGUCUAUCUACAAUCCCCAAACAGGUUAUACAGAAACGCUAGACAAAAAAACUGAAAUUGUGGUCCCAGAUGACGAUUACGGCCUGUAUGCCAUUGAUAUUCUAGAUCCUUGCUGGUUUGUCAAAUUGAUACGUUUGAAAGAGGUAUACCAGUUCCAUGAUAUGAUUGAUAUGCUUGUCGAGUGUGGGUAUAAAAAGGGAACCACUUUGUUUGGAUACGGUUAUGAUUUUCGACAAAGCAAUAGAAUUGACAAGUCAAUGGAGGGUCUUAAGGUGAAACUGGAAACUGCUUACAAGGCUUCUGGGGGUAGAAAAGUGAAUAUAAUUUCGCAUUCAGUGGGUGGACUGCUAGUCACAUGCUUUAUGUCACUCCAUACUGAUGUAUUUUCAAAGUACGUGAGUAAAUGGAUCUGCAUAGCUUGCCCUUUUCAAGGUGCACCAGGAUGCAUCAAUGAUUCUCUCUUAACUGGAUUGCAGUUUGUUGAAGGCUUGGGAAGUUACCUUUUUGUAUCAAGGUGGACCAUGCACCAGCUGUUGAUUGAGUGUCCAUCAAUCUAUGAGAUGUUGGCAAAUCCAAAAUUUAAUUGGAAAAGGCCGCCAGAAAUUCAGGUUUGGAGGAACAAAUCCACGGAUGGGGAAACUUUGGUUGAUUUGGAGUCUUAUGGCCCAAUUGAAAGCAUCCCUUUGUUUGAAGAAGCAUUGAAAUAUAAUGAGCUAAAUUAUGAUGGUGAAACGGUAGCUUUGCCAUUUAACCAUUCUAUUCUCAGAUGGGCUGCUGAGACUCGCCAAGUUUUGAACAGUGCUAAACUACCAGAUAGCGUCAGCUUCUAUAACAUAUAUGGCACAUCGUUCGGCACCCCUUUUGAUGUUUGCUACGGUUCGGAGACAGCUCCAAUUGAGGACCUGUCUGAAAUAUGCCAUUCAAUACCUCGGUAUUCUUAUGUGGAUGGAGAUGAAACAGUUCCGGCUGAGUCAGCAAAGGCGGAUGGAAUUGCUGCAGUGGAAAGAGUAGCAAUAGCUGCAAGGCACCGGGAACUAUUACGGGACAAAACAGUUUUUCAACAUAUCCUAAGGUGGUUGGGAGUCGAACAGAAGGUCAGCAGACAUUCUAAGACAUCCAGAGUUGCAGACGCCUCUUCAAAUAAGCGUGCUUGAAAAUUGAAGGAAAUUCUGUGUUCAAAUUAUAACUAUAAUAGCACCUUAUAAUUGUAUUGAAUAUUGUGUUUUUUAGUGUUAUUUGUUAUUUGAGUACUAUAUGUAUAAUAUUCUUAGCGUGCAUGUUAAUUUCAUUGAGUGGUGGCGUGUGAUAUUGAAUUUAAAUCACAUUUACAUACGCUAUACUAUAUAUGAAUGAAUUUUGCCACGGAAAA